UAGUUGCUGUCAAGAGAUGCGCCAGAACUACUAACAGUGACCACAAUGUUGCCGAGUAACUUUAAAUCAAAAUCUGGUUUUCAAAAAAGGAAAGAGAGAGACAGAGGAAAGACAAAGGAAAGGGUGUCAAACUGUAACCCAGUUUUUCACCAAGAAAGCCUUAGACUUAACAACAUAUGAGUCAGCAGCAGCCCAGUCUCCCCCUAACAGCCCCUCCCUGUCCCAGUGAAGAAGUUGGAGUUCGGUGGAAGAGCAGCUUUAGACAAGCCCCCGUAUUAACAGCCGCUCCUGUUCGUGCCCUCAUAGAUGAACAAAUCAGCAUUAAAGGAUCUUUCCUGCCCCCAGAGUGUCCUAUCACAGUGUGUGCACAAAUGCACAGUGAUGAUGGUGAUCUAUGGGAGGCAUUUGCCCAUUAUAACACAAAUGCAGAUGGCACUGUCAACUUGACCAAGGAUCAUUCAGUCAGGGGUUCAUAUUUGGGCUGUGAGCCGAUGGGACUCUUCUGGGGACUGCAGCCGGCUCCUGGUGCAAGAGAAAGUUUGAGGCUGAGGAAAAAAAACGUAGAGACUCCAUAUGUAAUGCAUUUGUCCUUACUCGAGGGCCAUGUUUCACCGAGUGAGAGGCAAAGCACUGAGCUGGCUGCAGUUAUUACUGAGCGCUGGUACAUGGCACCCGGCGUACUGAGAACAGCGAUUCGUCAGGAUGGAGUUGUGGGGACUUUGUUUUUACCGCCAGGACCAGGCCCAUUUCCAGCCAUGUUGGACCUGUGGGGAAUGGGUGGAGGACUGGUAGAGUACCGCUCCGCCCUUUUAGCAUCCAGGGGCUAUGCUAGCUUGUCCCUUGCCUACAUAGGGCACAAAGAUUUGCCUGGCUCACCAGACCGUAUCAAUGUUGGGGAUUCAUAUUUCGAAUCAGCAUUCCGCCUACUCCAAGAUCAUCAUCAGGUGUGUGCCGACAGAGUUGGGAUCAUAGGUCUCUCCUUUGGAGUCUACCUGACUCUUCGAAUUGCCACUAAGGCUGUUGUCAAACCAGCCUGUUUGAUUUGUGUCAAUGGCCCAGUAGGAAGUACCGUCAAAUUCUCCGAUCCAGAUGGCAAGACUGAACACUUUGAAAGUGAAAAGAAGUAUUGGACAUAUAAUGAUCAAGGCCACGUCAGUUUCAAAGACGUCUCCUUGCCUGCAAACCUUUUGGCUGAGAGCAAAGUGAAGAUAGAGCACCUCAACUGUCCAUUAAUGUACAUAGUGGGUGAAGAUGACCUGAGCGCUUCAAGUAUAGAGAGUGCCAACCUGAUUGAGGAGACCCUGAUGGCUGCAGGUAAAUCCCAGUUGCUCACCUGUUUGUCGUACCCCGGUGCCGGUCACCUGAUUGAACCGCCUUACACACCAAAUUCAAGAGCUUCCCUGUGGAGCGUCAAACCAGAGAAACUGGUCACCCUGUGGGGAGGUCACCCCGCACCCCACGCUGCUGCCCAGGAAGAUGCCUGGAAGAAGAUCCUGGAUUUCAUGGAACGUAAUCUGAGACGGUGAACUGUUGAUUAAAAAAAAUGCAGGUCUGAAGGUGCCGCUCUGCAGUUGUACGAUUUAGAGAGGCAAGUCCCUCCCCUUCCGGUGGAUCACCAUGGGACCUAUUUCAUAAACAGUUGUGUAGGGUAUAGUGAAUGGGGAGAGACAAAGAAUGUUUUUGAUCCCAUCUGAAUUGAGCAAUGGAUUACACAUAUGAUGUUCAUCAGUUUAAAAGAUAAUGUUGCAAAUCAAUAAAGUCUCCGUUUGU